UAAAUUGACGUUUGGAUUUGUGUUAACCCACGUUGUUGUUAACCUAAAAAAUCAUAGUGUUUUUACCACGUUGUUUGAUUUUAUGUUCACGUGUUGUUAAAAUUGUCUUUUUGUUUUUUGUCGCUACAUUUAUUUUUAAUUUUUUUAUAAUGAGGGUUACCACUAGCCAUUGGCAGUUAUUUUUAGAACUAGCAGAACAGUUUCCUGCUUUAAUAACCAGUAAAUUUAAUGGGCCACAAGGUAAAGCCCAAGGAAAUGAGUUAUGGAAAACUGUUGCUGCUAGACUAAAUGGGCUAGGAUAUGGGGAAAAAACUAUUUUGGAAUGGAGGAGGGCCUUAACAGAUUGGAAAUCCAAAGUAAAAGUUAAAGCAUCUAAAUUAAGAUGUUCAUUAACAUUAACAGGAGGAGGUAGUUGUGACACUCCACCGCUGACAGGCUUAGAGGAAAAACUUCUUGGUCUUAUGGGAAGAAAAUGUUUGGAAGGAGAUGAAGUAAAGGAAUUGGGACAAUGUGUACCUCAAAUGGUAGAAAUGAGCAAUGAAUCAAACUUAGAUUUUGAAAUAUUUGCUGAGCCACUUGCAGAAGCAGAUUAUUUUUCGGAACACAACUACUCAUCUUUAGAUAUUGCAUUGCCAAGUAAAGGCAAGAACAUUUUAAAAAGAAAAUUUCCAGCAGAUGUUUCAUCUCCCAGUACCAGUAAGGUGCCAGAUAAUGUUCCUUUCAUUGAAAGUACUAUUUCGAAUAAACAUAUAAAUAUUAAUAUGACACAUAAAGGACCAGGACCAAUAAUAAAAAAGAACCCUAUAUCAACUCCUUCAAGAAACAUUCCAUUACCAAGUAGGAAUAUUAAUGAGUCGAGCAUGUCAUCUGGGGCAGAACAAAAAAGGAGAAAAAUAUCGGCUAUCCCAAAAAUAGGCAAAACUUUGGAAAAUAUGACAGCGGACUCACUGGAAAUAUUUAAAGAAAUAGCUAAAAACACUGAAAAUAUUUCCAAAAAUAGCACAAGGAUUGCAGAUUCAUUAGAAGAGUUAGUUUUAUAUUUUAAAAACUCUUAAAUGACUUUGUAAUAAUAAUAAUGUUUAUUUAGACUUUUUUCGCCUGUAACAAUUUUUAUGUAUAUAUAAUUUUAGAGUUAUUUAUUAGUUUAGUUUUAUGUUAUUUUCUUUGUAUUUUCUUUGUAUCUUGUGGGAUACGUGUGACUUUCUUUUUUAAAUAAUUUUAGAUUUUAUAAAUAAAAUGAUAUUUUGAUGCAUAAACAUUUGUGUAAUGUCUUGUAUUCCGGCUUCUAAAAAUAAUGCAUUUUGCAUACCCUUGCAAUGUCCAAAAUAUCAUUUAAAUAAAUGAAAAAUAGCAAAGUUGUUUUGGUCGUAUAGUUUAAAAAAUCCGUUUCAUCCCUAACACUCCUAAAUCUGUUGUGUUCGUUUACAUUAGUAAAUUACAGAGUGUUUACUGGCGUAUACUUUACAUCCCUGUAUUUUUAAUAUAUUUUUGGAAAUAAAACUGUGAUUAUAUGUAUAUAUUUUAUUACAAAAUACCUAAAAUUACCUAUACAGGGCGAGAACAAAACUGGGCACCCCUAAAAUGUUCCAAAAUUAAUAAUUGUAGUGUAUACAGGGAGGUUAGUUUCUAAAAUAGGUUUGUAUAAGGUUUCUUCUUGCCUGGUGCCCUUCCCUUACAACAUUAACAUUUACUUCAUUAUUUACAUCAUGAAAUACAUCAUCUUCAGGAAUUUCUAAGUCAAACUCCAAGUUGGCCUCUAUGCAAAUGUUAUGCAAAAUUGCACAAGCAUUUACAAUGUUCCCUGCUUUAUCAGGGGAAUAUCUUAAUACUCUUUCCUUCAGACAACACCUGAAUCGACCCUUGAGAAGACCAUUGCACCUUUCAAUGCAGUUUCUUGCCCUUACGUGGAAAAAAUUAUAAUUUGCUUCCGGGGUGUUUGCUUCUGCAUUGAGUACUGGUGUCAUUAGCCAAGGUUGCUGAGGGUAUCCAGAGUCUCCCAAGAGCCAAGAAUUAUGAUCACCUGUAAAAAAAAUACAAUUUAAAAUUUCACCAUAUUUUAAACAUGAGUUCUUAUUUAUUUCAUAGCCACUUAUUAAGGUUCAUGUAUGCUGCUCACAUCUCUUACAUGUUCUAUGUAAAAAUCAAAGUCAGGAAAAUAAUAUUAAAAAGAACCACUUUUAAUUUGCAUCUAUCUUUUUGGAUUUGAGAAGAGUGUGACUUUAAAGUAACAUUUAUACUCAGUUAUGGACUUGCUUGACUCGGAAGUGUUUUCUAACUAAAGCAGUUUUAAAUUAAAAUAUGUAAAAUGCCAGGAUAAUUUUUUACAAGGUUUUAAACAUUUUUUACCUUCAUUAUAUAAUUGUUGCAGUUCUGCUUGUAUAAAUGAAUUUCUCCAUAUAAAUGAAUCGUGGGUAGCACCUGGAUAUCGAGCAUUCACAUUAAGAAUUUUUAAAUCAUAG